AUGAACGAAGAUAUGGGAAAAAGCUUGCAAAUGAAAGGUCAAGACGAAUUGAUUGGAAAAGAUGGAGUAUAUAAAAAGAGAACAGGAAUCAAUAAAUUUAAGGUACCUGCACAAACAACAUCUAAGGGUGAAAAGUUUGUAAAUGCCCAAACUUGUCCUCUUUCGACGAUACCCAGAAGUAAAGAAGAACAUGAAGAGCUCGAUGAUUUAAACAACAAGUUUAGUGAACGAUUAGAUAAAAUGGAGAAAGUCGAUUUACAAGAAGAAAGGAAGAAUAAGGAAAAGGAAGAUGGAGACAAUGAAAACAAAAAACGCAUAGUGACAACGCAAGACGAAGAGAAGAUUCCGAUAGCGAAUAAACAAAUUUGUCACUUUUUAAUUAAACAAAUUUAG